AUGACUCACACUUUUUCUUUCUCUGUCUGUCUGUCUGUCUGUCUCUAUCUCUCUUUCUCUCCGCGAAAAAAAAUGCCUGUAUCUCUGGUAACUCUCUUUCUCUCUCACUCUUCCUAUUCUCUCUCUCUCUUCCUCCAUUGGAAUACAUGCACAUCAUCAUGCCCUCUCUCCCCCUCCAUCUAUCUCGCCCUCCCCAACGUGGAAAUGUGUGCAUCUCUGAUAUCACUGUCUACCCCCUUUCUCACCCUCCCAUCUCUAACUCUCUCCCUCUGCGGAAAUGUAUGCAUUCCUCACCCUCCUUCCCUUCCUUCUCUCUGUGGCACCAUGCAUAAGGAGGACGACGUCACAUCUCUCUCUCUCUCUCUCUCUCUCUCUCUCUCCGUGGAAAGAUGCAUAUCUAAGGUAUCUAUUUCUUUAACUCCCUCCCUCCUUCCGUGGAAAUGUAUGCAUCUCUGA